GGGUGUUCAGACAAGUUCAGACUAGAUUGCAGGAGUGAAGAAACGAAAAUCUGAGAAGACUUUUCGUGCACGCGUAGACUAACACGUGCGGCAAACGCUGACCUUUUCCAUUGUUUUGUUCAUUAUAAAUACCGCUGAUAACUACAUUUAAAACAGAUCCGCUGUCUGCAUGAAAAGCGAGAAGCGCCUUUUCUCUGAGUGCGUCAUGACGUAGGCAACGUCAGGCUGUACGUGCUGACGCGCUGCGCUGGAUGUCCGUGUUGUGGUGUGCGGGUGAGCACUGAGCAGGGGAAGUUAGUAAAGCAGUAGGAGCUGUGCAGUAUACAGCUUCGGAGCUCCAGAAAUAAUAGUAGAGCGGUUUGUAAGUGAUAACUAACCCUUAUACAAGGAUGGCUGUUCUUAAACAGCUACCCGUGGACGCUUUCCCGCGGGAUUUUGCGUGGGGAGCUGCAACAGCUGCUUAUCAAAUUGAAGGGGGCUGGGACAUGGAUGGGAAAGGCCCCAGUAUAUGGGACACAUUCUGCCAUGCUAAAGGCAGAGUGUUUAAGGAUCAGACAGGAGACGUUGCCUGCAACAGCUACCAGCUUUGGGAAGAGGACCUGAAGUGUAUCCAGCAGUUAGGCCUCACCCACUACCGCCUGUCCUUUUCUUGGUCCCGGCUUCUUCCUGAUGGAACCACAAAUUAUGUCAAUCCCAAAGGUGUAACAUACUAUAACAAAGUGAUUAAUGACCUAAUUGCUAAUGCUGUUAUGCCCAUGAUCACACUGAACCACUUUGACCUACCUCAGGCCCUGGAGAAUCGUGGUGGAUGGAAGUCUCCAGAGAUUGUGGAAUUUUUCGACUCGUACGCCAAGUUUUGCUUUGAGACCUUUGGGGACAGGGUGAAGCUUUGGAUUACAGUAAAUGAGCCUUAUGUGUGUGCUAAACUUGGGUAUGAGGACGGCCUUCAUGCCCCAGGCCUUAAAGAGUCAGGAACCUCUGUCUACUUAGUAGGUCACAACAUGCUGCGUGCCCACACUAGAGCAUGGCAUAGCUAUGAUACCCAUUUCAGACACCUCCAAGGAGGGAAAGUAUCCAUAGGUCUUAAUAGUGACUGGGCUGAGCCACUGGAUCCAGACUGUCCUGAAGAUGUAGCAGCCACACAACGAUAUAUGGACUUCAUUCUGGGUUGGUUUGCCUGCCCUGUGUUCUGCACAGGGGACUAUCCAGAGUCCAUGAAGUCCAGGAUCCAGGCCAAGAGCCUACAAUUUGGGUUCUCAGAGGGCCCACGGUUGCCAGAGUUUUCUGAGAAUGAGCUCAGUCCUCUAGGCACAGCAGAUUUCUUUGCACUGAACUACUACACUUCCCGUAAAGUGAAGGACACAAGUUCUCAUCCCAGUGAGCUCAGUUUCACAGGGGACCAGGGAGCAGAGGGUGUAACCGAUCCAUCAUGGCCUGUGUGUGGGGUGUCCUGGCUUGCUGUAGUGCCUGAAGGACUGCACAAAUUGCUAAAUUACAUAAAGGAGACUUGCAACAAUCCUGCCAUCUACAUCACUGAAAACGGUUUCUCUCAGAUUGGACCUGUUGAACUUGAAGACACUGACCGCUGCCAGUUUUAUCAAAACACUCUUCAGGAAGUAUCCAAAGCUAUCAGAGACGAUGGUGUGGAUGUGAGAGGAUAUUUUGCAUGGUCUCUCCUAGAUAACUUUGAGUGGGCAGAUGGGUUCAGCGUGCGCUUCGGCCUCUUUCAUGUGGAUUUCUCUAAAGUUGAACUGAAGCGAACCAUUUACCGCUCUGGUAGAGAAUAUGCAGCUGUGAUAUCCAGGCAUCGCACCAAGCUGGAGAAGACCUGAAUACAACCCUGAAAACCUGUCUGUCACAGACUUGUUUUUUUUUGUCUUUAUGUUGAUAGGGCUGAAAAAAGGACAUUCAUUCAUUAAAUAUGAAAACCUAUUUUUUAUUAUACAAUACAUAACGUAUGUUGAAAAAAAAAUAAAACAUUGUUUAUUGGCAUUGUCAAAUA